CCCGCAUACACACCGCUCCUUGCAAACGAAGGGUCGACGGGCUUCCACGGAGAGGAUCCGGCUGUCACUCACCGAGCUCCCCCGAUCUGCCAAUAAAGGUUCGGGCUGCGUGGACGGAGCGCCGCGGCCCGGAUAAACACGCCGCUUACGGGCGGAUCUUCAGGUGAUCAACAGAUCGGCAACUGUUCACCACUCCUCCUGCGAGGAAGAGCAAAGAUGAGGGACCCGAGAGGCAGCGCCGGAGCCAACAGGCAUGUGAGCCACUGACAUAUUUAUCGCUGAAUUCCCGAGCCAGGCACCCAGAGCGAUGUGAAGGGACGAGCGCCCGAGAUUCGCUUCGAAAAUCGGCCGAUUCAGCUGAAAGGAGGUUCAAUCCCUGCCAAAAUGACCAGACUAUUGUCUCGCAUCUUCGCAACGGAACGGGCCCGCAGGAAUCUUGGCACCGGUUUUACGCAGCAGACCACAUAGUUUGAUCGACGUUCAGCUCGACUGAGGAGCGAACACAUGGACAAAGAGUGCCUGCACACGUCUUCGUAGUGAUGCUGCGAGGUGAACAUUGACAAGCCGUCAGAGAAACGUCUCGCUGUUUCCUCCCCGAGAGGGAAAUAACACAAGGAAAGGAUCAACGGCGGAACCUCAGCGAGUCCAAAACGACCUUCCCUCCGUCCCCAAACAAAGGAUCGUCUUACACCUUAAAGCAUCUUCACAGACUCGCAUAGCGAGUCUGUGAGCAAGUGAGAGAGGGACACUGUCUGCCCCACUGUCCAGUGACACCAUGAGCUGGAGCUUCCUCACACGGCUGCUGGAGGAGAUCCACAACCACUCCACCUUCGUGGGGAAGCUGUGGCUCACCGUGCUCAUCGUCUUCCGCAUUGUCCUCACUGCCGUUGGGGGAGAGUCCAUCUACUACGACGAGCAGAGCAAGUUUGUGUGCAACUCGGGCCAGCCAGGCUGUGAGAACGUAUGCUAUGACGCCUUUGCCCCAUUAUCUCAUGUCCGUUUCUGGGUGUUCCAGAUCAUUUUGGUGGCGAUGCCUUCUCUUAUGUACAUGGGGUAUGCUGUCAAUAAGAUUGCACGAUUGGAUGAAGCAAAAGGAAACGUUGGAUCUGCUGGCAUCAGAGCAGCAGGAGGGGGUUACACCCACAGAAAACCCAGGAAAAUUUGCUUUGGAGCCCGUCAGCACAGAGGCAUAGAGGAGACUGAGGAGGAUCAAGAGGAUGAUCCUAUGAUCUAUGAGGUGCCAGAGAUUGAGCCACCGAAAAGGCCUCGAGAUCCACUGCAGCCAACACCCAGACCUAAAAUCCGCCAUGAUGGGCGUAAGCGCAUCCGAGAUGAGGGCCUGAUGCGGGUCUAUGUUUUGCAGCUGGUAACUCGAACAGUGCUGGAGGCGAGCUUCCUUGCAGGCCAGUAUUUGCUGUACGGUUUCCGUGUGAAACCGAUUUUUGUAUGCUCGGGAAAACCUUGCCCACACAGUGUGGACUGCUUUGUGUCGCGUCCUACGGAGAAAACCAUUUUCCUCCGAAUCAUGUAUGGUGUCACUGUCCUCUGCCUCUCUCUCAAUGUCUGGGAAAUGCUCCAUUUGGGCAUCGGUUCUAUCUGUGACAUUCUGCGGCGCCGGCGAAGCCCACCUCAGGACGAUGAGUAUCAACUGGGCUUACUGGGCACUAAUGGCGGUGGCGAGGGCUCUGUUGGAGGAACAGCUCCCGAGGCUGGCUCUGAGGGUGGCGUAGGUGGAGAUGGUGCUGCAGAUUAUGUUGGGUACCCAUUCUCAUGGAACACCCCAUCAGCUCCACCGGGGUACAACAUUGUUGUAAAGCCAGAACAGAUGCCGUACACAGACCUUAGCAAUGCUAAGAUGGCAUGUAAGCAGAACAGGGCAAACAUUGCCCAGGAGGAGCAGCAGCAGUUUGGCAGCAAUGAGGACAAUUUUCCCACUGGAGGAGAAGCCCGUGUGGCUCUCAACAAAGACAUGAUCCAGCAGGCUCACGAGCAACUGGAAGCAGCCAUCCAAGCCUACAGUCAGCAGCACCGGGCGGAGGAGCAUCUAGGAGACAACCAGGAUGACAAGCCACAGAGCAACAUCAUCCAAGCCCAACCGCAGCCCCAGCUUCAACCUCAGAAAGAGCGCAAACACAGAGUUAAGCAUGGCAAGGGGGGCAGCAGUGGAGGAGGCAGUAGCAGCAACAGCAGCAGCAGCAAAUCAGGAGAGGGCAAACCCUCAGUAUGGAUUUAAGCCCACGCACAGAGGCAUGUUUGUUAGCAUGUAUAUAAUAUUGAAUGAAUAGGGAGCUGUUGCAACCUGUGAUGAAUAUUACACCACAUAUGCCUUAUUGAAUCAUGCAAGCUGGAGGCUAAUGUUUUUUCUAUAAAUCUGGGUAAAAAAGUGCAGUGUCGCAGCUGACAAUUUGUUUAGUCGAACUCAAGGCCAAAUCCAGUCUACCAUAGCUUUUUUAUGUGGCUUUCUUGACUCCAAAUUACAUAAAUCAGUCCAGUUUUUCCACAAAAAUGUAUCCAAAAUUAGCGGACCCCCUCAAUUGUUUGUGCUAAUGGAUAACUCUGAGUUUAUUGCAAAUUUUACACAAAAAUGUUCAAAAACAUUGGGUUCAAGUGAUACUAACUCCCGCCUGCAGGUGGCAGUAUUUCUUACUUUUGAAUUGCUGCCUCAGCUUUACUACAUGUCACGUUAUAUUUCAUAAUUGCGAGUAAGAAUCAAAAUCACAUUUGACAUCAUAUGGUACAAAAUUCCUUGCAGAUAUUUUUAAAUUACUAUCCCAAAUCCCUAAUAUUCAUUGCAAAAAAAAAAAAAAAUCAUAAUAAUAAUAAUCAAUCGUGAAAUAUGAAAGUAGCUGGUCAAUGUGAAAAGACAAAAAUAUUAUUUAAGUUUAACAAGUACUUAUGGAAUGCAGAAACAUUUGUGAUCUUGAUAUGGCCCAAAAUAAAAAUGAGUUUGAUGCCCCUUAGUUUGAAGAGUCACAUCAACUAUGUCUUCUUCCAGUCACUUCUGAAAAAAAUAUAAAGUCUUCCUGCUUCCCUUUUGGUAGGAAAUCAAGCUUCAUAUAAUCUUUGACCCUGAAAAGAUAAAAUGAGAUUGAUCCUGGAUUUUGGCUCAUACUGACAAAAAAGUUAUGCACCAUCAUUAUGUCUUGGUAUGAACAAUGUCUAGCAAACCAAAGCUUUGAUUUAAGGUUAUGAUAAUUAAUAUAAAUUAUAAAAAUGUACAUAAAUACAACUUCACCUGAAGCAGUGACUGUUUACUACAACGAGAACAUGACCUACCUUAAGGCUGUGUCCUGUCACUUGACUUCUUUUCCUCCAUCCUCUGUUGUAUCUUCUCAUUGUGUUAUUUGCUCUCCUCUUUAAUCCAACUGUGUUUGUUUCAUGUGAAAUUUUAAUCAAAGUGCUAAACCAGCUGCUCCUCAGGUGCCGCUGAGUACAGCUGGUGGAUCUUACAUCUCCGUAGAGUUGUUUUUAUUUUUUACAAGAUACAGAAGCAAUCCAGCUUUUAUACCGUAAAUCUUCAAGUUCCUAGUCGUAUCCUUGGCUGUUUUUAGAGGAGACGGUACUUCUCUGCUGCUCCAUUUGCCUUGUAGCUGACUGCCCCCUGGUGGUGAUUUUGUACUGGGCAUUUACUCUCAUUUCACCUACUAUGAAGUAGAUGCAAAUACUACCUAUAUCCAGCAACACCUUAACCAGCUGUAUUGGUCCUUUUCUAUUGACAAGACUUGUGUCACUUAUGUCUUCCCAGUGCUUCAUGUUCAGUGUUGGACGCACAAGUCUUCACGUCGUAAUGGAAAGAGUUCAAAGCCAUUACUUUAAUAUAGUGAGACCAAACACUGUCUCUGUGAUGCAAGUGUCAGUGCCAAGAUUUUACACUGGGCUGCUAUGAAGCUUGGUUGUUUGUAGCUUUGGAAUACUUUGGCCAUGCUACUCCAGCCGUGGAACUACUUCUGUGUCAGACCAACCCUUUUUGUAAAGCUUUUUAAAAGUACAAUAUGUGUAUUGCUCUUUUGAACUGGGACUUGAAAUAAAAAACUCCAAAAUGGAGUCAAUUUUAAUGUUAAAGCCAGUGUUUUGUAUGAAAACAUUUUGCUUUUGGAAUGAAGCUCUUUUUUGUAUGAUAAAAGAAAACAAAAGAUCAAUGAUUACCUUUGUGGAUAUUUAUGGAUAUUGUGAUUUAAUUGCCUUCCAACUGUAAAAAUGUGAAAUAUGAUAUAGUAUAUUUUUCUAAUAUGUCAGCUGCAAUGGCUGAAGGAUAAAAAAAAGUCUUGUUUUCUUGUGUGGUGCAGUAUCAGUAUUUCAUGUAUUUAGAAACCCUCUGGACUGACUUUUAAUAAACAGUGUUACUCCUUUUUCAA